AAGUGUUUAAUACUCAUUUCAAAAUUUUGUUUAACAAAAAUAUUUCUAUAUAUAUGUUAUAUAAGGUUUCCAGGUCCGGUUGUCACAGCUUUGAAAGGUGGUAGCACUGGUAAAGAUGAUGCAAAAAUUGAUAUUUAUUUACUUCACUAAUUUUUAUACUUGAUAAAAGUUUACCUCCCUAGUAUUUUUUUCUGCUGUAAGACUCCAGUGUUGCUGCUAGAUGUGUCCUCACUAUCGCUCAAAUUCAUGCCUAAAUGUUUUUGUUUUAUUUUGUUUUAUUAAAAAAAGCAUAAGGGAUGAACUGUGGUGAGUGAAUAUCAUCCCAAAGAGUACGUAGAGUGAAACCAAGUGAUCUGUAGAAAAAGCAGCCAGGUUUUCAAGGGAAAUUAACUGUUGCUUCUGCCAUGAGAAGUUAAAUCUGUUUUUUCUAUGAAAGUGUAGAUAUUAAUAAUCUAAACUGCCUUUAGAAAUAUGUUACUCACACUGUCUCCACUCAGUGAAUGAUAUCAGUGUGUCUCAGUGAGGGCUUCCUUUUGCUGAUUCUUCCCCAGACUGGAAUUCCUGCUGGGCAGUUGGCUGAGACUCAGGAAAUGCAGCUUACCACUGAAACACACAAGAAGUCAGAGUUUUUCAAAGCUGUAAGGGGAGGUGACUCCAGGACUAUCCCAGGUGGAAUAUGCACUUCGCAGACACAAAUUAAUGUCUCUGAUCCACAAGGAAGCACAAGGCCAGAGUGGGACAGAUCAGACAGUGGUUUUGCUGUCCAACCCUACAUACUACAUGAGCAAUGACAUCCCCUAUACUUUCCAUCAAGACAACAAUUUCCUGUACCUGUGUGGAUUCCAAGAGCCCGAUAGCAUUCUGGUCCUUCAAAGCCUGCCUGGCAAGCAGUUACCAGCACACAAGGCCAUGCUUUUUGUGCCUCGGAGAGACCCCAGUCGAGAACUUUGGGAUGGCCCACGAUCUGGCCCUGAUGGAGCAAUAGCUCUAACUGGUGUGGAUGAAGCCUAUACGCUGGAUGAAUUUCAGCAUCUAGCAUCCAAACUGAAAGCUGAGACAAAUACACUGUGGUAUGACUGGAUGAGGCCCGCUCACGCACAGCUUCACUCGGACUACAUGCAGCGCCUGACUGACGUCAAAACCAAGAGCAAGAACAAGGUGCGGGCUGUCCAGCAGCUGGUCCAGCGCCUCCGGCUCAUCAAAUCUCCUGCUGAAAUUGAACGAAUGCAGAUUGCUGGGAAGCUGACGUCACAGGCCUUCGUGGAGACCAUGUUUGCCAGCAAGGCGCCGGUGGGGGAGAGCUUCCUGUACGCGAAGUUUGAAUUCGAGUGCCGGGCGCGGGGCGCGGACAUCCUGGCCUACCCGCCGGUGGUCGCGGGAGGCAGCCGGGCCAACACGCUGCACUACGUGAAGAACAACCAGCUCAUCAAGGAUGGGGAAAUGGUGCUGCUGGAUGGAGGUUGUGAAUUUUCUUGCUAUGUGAGUGACAUCACCCGUACCUGGCCUGUCAAUGGCAGGUUUACAGCAGCUCAGGCAGAACUCUACGAAGCUGUUCUAGAGAUCCAGCGAGAUUGUCUGACCCUCUGCUCCCCUGGAACAAGCUUGGAAAACAUCUACAGCAUGAUGCUGACCCUGAUAGGACAGAAGCUUAAAGAGCUGGGGAUCAUGAAGAACAGUAAGGAAAAUAAUGCCUUCAAGGCUGCUCGAAAAUACUGCCCUCACCAUGUUGGCCAUUACCUCGGGAUGGAUGUCCAUGACACUCCAGACAUGCCCCGUUCCCUCCCACUACAGCCCGGCAUGGUGAUCACAGUGGAGCCAGGCAUUUAUAUCCCAGAGGAUGACAGAGAAGCGCCCGAGAAGCUUCGUGGUCUUGGGGUACGGAUUGAGGAUGACGUGGUGGUGACGCAGGACUCCCCUCUCAUCCUUUCUGCAGACUGUCCCAAAGAGAUUGGUGACAUCGAGCAGAUCUGCGGCAGGUCCUCUUGACCCUCAUUGCAGCCCAUGUGCCUCUCAGGUUCACGGGGCACCUGGGCACCUGAGCUUUCUGAGUGUUGUCUGUGCGGGUGCAUCUAUGUGCGUUUCACUUGGCAGUGUGGGAACUUUAUGAAUGUAUGUAAUUGUGUGUGUGCUCUUGUUUUAAGUAACUAGAAAUCUGAAAAAUUGAAUUUUUGGACUGUUUGUUACUGCAGCUUUAGUUACAUCAAUUCUGUAGAAUUAAUGACCUAGGCAAGUUUAAUUUUUAAACACAGAGGUAGAUCUUGUUACAUAUGUUCAUGCAUUCCAGUUAACAUAUUUAAAUGUACAGAAAUUCUCUCCUCUCCAGCUCUUUUCCUUUCAGUGCUUUUGCUGAGACCCAGCUAAUAUCAUAUUUGUGUGAUGCUUAUAUUUUGAGCAAACCACCAAGGUCUCUGCCUACACAAAAAGCCACCCGUCAGUGAUUGUGUGUGGCCAAUAUGUGCCUUUGUACUCGUACCAACCUAUUCUAGAGCUUGCACAUCUACUGGAGCCACUGAGCCCUCAUGGGCACUGGUGUCCUGCCUCCCACCAUUCAGCUGCCAUCCAGAUUCCAGCAACAAUAUCUAUCAGACAUAACAGUUUUGAGCCUUUCUUGCCACGUGGUUGCCUAGGGCCUAGAAAGUAGAUUCUUGAUAAGGAAGGACAAGGAAGAGAAA